CUAAACCAGAGAGAUGGUGGUGCAGGUGGUGAUGGCGCCGCUGCCGCAGGCGGAGCUGGUGCGGAGCGCGGUGCAGCUGUACCGGUACCUGCUGCGCUGCUGCAGGAGCCUGCCCGAGGACAGCAUCCGCCAGCACUACAGGCACCACAUCAGGCAGAGUUUCAAAGUUCAUGCUGAUGAAGAUGACCCUGAGCGAAUCCAGCAGAUCAUCAAAAGAGCCAUUGAAGAUGCUGACUGGGUGAUGAAUAAAUAUAAAAAACAGAAGUAGAAGAGGAAGGAUGAAGACAAGAUGAACAUUGUUCAAGAAGGAAAGCACCAGGAGCUGGAAGAUGCAACCGGGACAUGUCUGCAGCUCCAAAUGUCCAGGGUGCCAGCUGAGAACAUCAGACCAAAGGUAUGAUAGAGGAACCUAUGGGAGGACCAGAAUCUGUGACUUGUAGGUUUUGGAAAGUGGUAGAACGUUCAGUUCUUGGUAGGGCACAGAGGAGGAACAUGGUUGGUGAGCAGGAGACAUCAUGACUAAAUAUUUUGACAGGAGUGAUUCAGCUGGAGGGCAUGAGGAUGUGUCUGAAGGGAUUUUGUUGGGGUUUUUUCUCAUACAAAUAUAAUCUGGUUUUCAAAAUAGUAACCUUUUAAUAGAGUGAAAAUGCAAAGAUAACUUCACUUAGUAUACAAAUAAUUUUCUUGGUGGUGAGGAGAAAUGAUGCAAACAACUAUUUACUUCCCUGAAAGUGAAAGUAAUACCAGUGUCUCAGACAUGUCUCUGUAAUGACUGGGCUGAAGUCAUUCAGCUGCACGGCUGAGGCUUUUGUGUUUCCAAGACAUUAUAUAAAUUCCAUUCUCCAGCAGCACAACCUGAGUCCCAAGAUGUUAUGUUAACCCAGAUGUAGAGGAGAACCUGAACUCUGAGAGGAGAUUUGGACAGAGCUUCAAUACUUGCAACCAAAAUUAUUAUUCAGAAAACUUCUGCUCAGAAGUCAUUUAAUCCUGGAGUUGGCCAAAUUUAGCACUCACUGACCUGUCUAACUGGAGUUCUCUUCACCUUUGUUUGAGCAACUUUCUGCCUCUGUGCCACCCAGCCCUGCUGAGCCUCAAGAACGUUCCCUGUCCCCAGUGCCAGCGAUCGCUGCCAGCGGCUCUAACGGGGCCCACUGGGAGAAAGAACGUGGCCACAGGCAGCUGCUCCUGGGUUCUCUGAUGGAACUGGGAUCAAAACAUCAAUCCCAAGUACGUUGGUGCAUCUGUGUUUCCAUUUUCAGUCAUCCAGAAUCUCUGAGCAUAAAGCUGGUGGGUCAAAGAGACUGUGCUGUGUCCCAAAACUACUCUUGUAGAGUUUCAAACAGCUCAUGGUGUUCAUGAAGCUGCUGACAUAGCCAGGUGUGAUGUCAGUGAAAGGAGGCAAGCCGAUUCAUAGGCUUCAGUUUCUCUUACUGAAAUGAGGAACCCGUUUCUGCUGAGUUCUGGUAAGUGAUGGCCUGUUGAUAGGUGACUGCAAUAGCUGAGUGAGUGAUUGAGGGCCGGUCAGAAGGUUGUGUCCAAGCCCCGUUUUUGUGGCCUCCCUGAUGAGUGCUCCUGCAGUGAGUGAUGGCAGCAUCAGUUCCAGUGUGGAAUAGGAUCCCAUGCCCCUGCCUAGCCCGGGGUUUUCAUUGUGUUUACACAAAGGCAGUAACUACAUUCUGCUAACAAAACACUUCUGCAGCUGGUUACGGUAAGACCUUGAGUCAAUAACUUAUAAGUACUCUACAAUUCAGAGCUGAGUGGACCUAACUCUUCAAAGGUUGUGUACUGGCAACUCGUGGUGAAGGAGGUAGAGAGGGUUUCACAGAAGACUUGUUAUGCAAGACAAACAUUAGAACAAGGAAAGACAGUUGGGAGACUUAUGUUUCCCAGGGUGAGAUCAUGCUUUACAUUCUUGCAGUAUGGAGAAACAAAUCAUUUAGAUCAUGUUACAGACUUAUCAACAUCCAGUCUAAGACCAGAACCAAAGCUGGUGCUAUGCUUUCUGAUCUGUGUAUACAUGACCUUGGGAACCUAAAGCUGAAAUUGUGUGGAAAUAAUCUGUACAUUACAAAUCUGGAAGUAACGUGCCUAAAAUGGAGCAGUGGCAGUGGAUUGGUCAAUGUGCUUUGUUUAGUGUUUAGGUUCCUGCUCUUAAGCUCUCAGAAAAUGGUAAAGACUACUUUGGUUAUUGCCAGCCUUGGAGCCUCAUGUAGAAACUUUCUGUCUAGUGAAUUUUUUUCCUUUAAAAAUAAAAAAUUGUUUAUUUAUUCA